AUGGAUUCUGCUAAGGAGAUUCUCCGGCGGGUCCAUUCAAAGAAGAAACCGUGUGUGGAUGGCGAAUCACACCAGCAUUCCCCGACGUCGAUGUCUGCCGCGGUAUCCAAGGUGCUCGAAGACGACGACCUCCUCAGGGAGAUUAUUGUCCGUGUCGGCUUCCCCACCACCCUCGUGCGUGCUUCCCUCGUCUGCAAGCGCUGGUACCACCACAUCUCUGACCGCCGGUUCCUCCGCCGCUUCCGCGAGCGCCAUCCGCCCCGCCUCCUUGGCUUUUGCCAUGUCCCCGAAGAUGAGUGUUCACAGUCGUCCUGUCCACGCUUCGUCCCGAUUUUGCCUCUGCCCCCAGAGCUCGCUGCCGUGGUCAGCCGCGUGGCGAGCUACAGCUUUGGCGUCGACGGCGACGAAUGGAUCAGGGAGUGCCGGCGCGGCAGUGUCUUGACCGGACGCUAUGAAGGAUUAUUAUGGAGACAUAGAGUGCACCACCCACUGUGCUCUGGGAGAGACAUGUACAUCCUCCCACCACUCCCAAGCGUCCAGAACUCUAGUUACCACAUGUUCAGUACAAUCCUCUCCAAAGAAGAUGGCGCCGGCGGCAUGUCCUACGUGUACAUGUUGGUGGAGGGGGUUGAUGAGAAUAAAGUUUUUAGGGUGCGUGUGUAUAUGUUGCAACGCGGUGUCUGGUGCAUGCAUACCUCAUCUACCACAAAGAUCCCUCUUCCGUUGUUGCCACGGAAAGUUUUGCUUGUUGACAAUAAAAUCUAUAUAGCUGACAAGUUCAGUGACGACAUUAUUGUCUUGGAUUUGCCAGCCUCAAGUUUCUCCAAAAUUUCGGUCCCACAGGGAGUGCAGUGUCACCAUUAUACCACCAUCUUGUCACGAGCCGAUGAUGCAUCCGGUGUAUAUCUCACCCAUGUUCAUGUCAAGGAGCUUCAGCUUUGUAUCUGGCUCCACAAGGGGCACAACUGGUUGCUGGUCAAUACCAUUUGUUUGCGUCAGAUGUGGGCUAAUUUGAGGAUGCUAGAUCAUACGCUUGGGGAUGAGGAUGUUGAUUUUCACUUCUUAAGCCAUGUGGGGGAUAAUGCUGAGUUUGUGUUCUUGGAAAUGUCUAAUUGCACACUCCAUCUGGACGUCACGAGCAGGACACUGCGUAAAGUGCAUGGGACGCCGAUAAAGAAUGGGCAUUUCAUUGCUGUCCAUCCUUUUAUGAUGAUUUGGCCACCCAUAUUCCCUCUGCUGAAGGAUGCUACUGCAAGGUUUGCUAUUUGGACUUCAUAUGAUCACAAUACUAGUUAA